AUGGGCCCGUCUGACCUCAUUAGCAGCCCAAGAGGAGAAGUGAGCACCGUUCCUGCCCUCUGUGCUCUGGGCUUCUGCUCUGAGCUUGGGGGCCCCUCCCCCGCCAGCAUCCCACAGGGCCCUGAAGAGUCACUUCCCCUGAAGGAAAGACCCUCGGAGACCAACGCCAGUGUGGACAGCUCGGCAUCUCCCUCCGUGGCCCAGCUGGCCGGGCGGUUCAGGGAGCAGGAGGCCGCGGCCAAGGAAAUGCCAGCCAGUAAACCAACCAGAAGGAAACCGCCCUGUUCCCUCCCCUUGUUCCCCCCCAGGGUAGAGCUGGGCCAGAAUGGUGAGGAGAAAUCACCAGCCAACGCGAGCCACCCCCCGAAAGUCAAACUGAAGAGCUCGCCUCUGAUUGGGAAGCUUCAGGCCAAUUUAGUCUUUGAUCCGACGGCCCUGCUGCCUGGAGCCUCACCCAAGAGUCCUGGACUCAAGGCCAUGGUGUCGCCGUUUCACAGCCCACCUUCUACUCCCAGCAGCCCUGGGGUGCGGUCUCGGGCCAGCGAGUCGGAAGAGGUGCCCGUCAGCUUCGACCAGCCUCCGGAAGGCAGCCAUCUGCCCUGUUACAACAAGGUGCGGACGCGGGGCUCCAUCAAAAGGCGCCCACCUUCCCGGCGAUUCCGAAGGUCUCAGUCGGACUGUGGGGAGCUGGCGGACUUCCAGGCCCCAGAGCCGUCCCAGGAGAACGGAGCCCAGGAAGAAAAUGGGGGCGAGGUGUUCCCUUCCAAGAGCACUGCCCCUCCGCCUGGCGAGGGGGCGGUGGGAAGGGAAGGCAGGAAGACCCUGGGGUCCCACGAGAAGCCCCCUCUGAGGAGGACGUCCAGCAGGACAGAGCAGCAGGAACAGAAGGGCCGGGCUCCGGAGGAGGCCCCGCAGCCCGACAAGGCUGCCCAGGAGGCCCAAGAGAAGGCCCUGGAACCAGCCCCGGCUGCCAGCGCAGAGGCCAAGAAUGAGUGUGGGAGCCCCAUGGAGGGCAGUCCAGCCUCAGGGCAGACGGAAGAGCCCACACAGGUGAAGGAGGAGAGGGCAGAGGCUGGAGAGGAGGAGCCCGGACAAAAGAGCCAAGACAAGAAGCCGCAGCCGGAGGAGGGGGCUGAGGGGCAGGAGACCCCCCAGACUCCCCCUGGGGGAGCGGAGGCUGGCCACACCCCCGAGGAGGGGAAAAGCAAGGGGAAGCAAGGCAAGGGGCCCGUGCUGGAGCCCGGCUGCAACCCCAGGACGAGCCAGGCCCAGGCAGAGACCGGCAGUGAGGUCCCCAAGACAGAGGGCGACGCCUCUGUCCAGGACACUAAAAUGUGAAGACAGCUCACUGUGCGUCGUGACAAAGCUGCUGGAGACGUCUCUUUGGAAGCAGCAGCCACCGCAGUAGCAGCAAAUGAAGCCACCGCAGGAGCAGACUGUGCGGGGACUGCGGUCAGCGCGAAGACACAGGGUGCUUGUCUCCUGGCCUCCCACCCCGUCCCAGACGGAGAUUGCAUCUGAGGGCCGCAGACUUUCAUCAGCUGGAGUUUGUGUCACUUGAUGGACUUGGUUAAAAACAACAAAACAAACAAAAAACGUAUUUAAAACAAUUUACUGUGGCGACAACUCCCUAGGGAUACUGGUCAACCUACGGCGGGCGGGGGAGAAGGUGGGGGAGUGAGGCCCACC